AUGUCCGACAAGCAAAACGAAGACAAGCCCAAGGUUCUCGUCACUCUCGAGGAGGACGACGAGUUUGAGGAUUUCCCGGUCGAGGACUGGAACGAGGCCGAGUCCGAAGUGAAGCUUGCAUCCAACUCCAACACUCAGCAGCUGUGGGAGGAGGACUGGGACCACGACGACGCCGAGGACGACUUUUCCGCACAACUCAAGGAGGAGCUGAGCAAGACGAGGUAG